AUGAAAUGCCUCCUUUUCGUUGCUGGAUGCGGUAGUCGGAGAACUGGAUCAAUCUUCGAUCUUGAUGAUGGACCUGGCGAGGCUCAUCACGGUCUCUGGGCAGAUCCGGAAAGUGAUAGCGAUACAAGUGACCGAAGAUGCCGACUUGGCCAGCGAUUCACCAGACCUAAACAUCACGGAGGGCAGAUCUUUGCUGUGGAUGAUUGGAAAGUUGGAACGGCGCUGACUUAUCACAAUGACUACUGA